CGGAGCUCUUGUUUUUAGUCUCGUCAAUUUUCACUUACAAUUUUCCCGAGAACCAAACUGAACUAGGAGGCGAUAUCCAACGCGAAAUCCCGAGAAAACUGCGCCGAAAAUGGCGGAUUACGACGGAAGGUACGAAGGUAACGGAGAGGACGUGGACAACUACGGCGGCGUUUCCUCUCCCCAACCUCGUGGCGGCAGCCACGGUGGGACCGACGAUUACAGCGACUCAAAAUCCCAGCACGGUUUUCGUGAUCAUGAGAGAGAGUCUUCCAAGAGUAGAGAAAAGGAAAGAGAGAAAGGACGUGAAAAAGAGAGGGACAGGGACAGGGAUCGAGAUAGGGAUAGGGAUCGGGAUCGGGAUCGAGAGAGAGACAAGGACAGGGGGAGAAGCAAAGACAGGGAUAGGGAAAGGGAUCGAGACAGAGACAGGGAUAGAGAAAGGGACCGAGAUAGGGAUCGUGAACGUGAACGUGACCGUGAUCGUCAUCAUAGAGAUCGCCACAGGGACCGCAGUGAUAGGAGGGAACGGGGAAGAGAUAGGGAUGAUGAUGAUGAUUAUUACCGCAGCCGGGACUACGAUAGGCGCAGGGAUUAUGACAAAGACAGGGAGGAUAGGCACAAGCGCAAGUCUAGAUCAUGUUCAAGGGGUAGGUCUGAGCACAGGUCAAGGUCUCGAUCACGCUCAAAGAGCAAAAGGAUUAGCGGUUUUGAUAUGGCUCCUCCUGCUUCUGCAAUGCUAGCUGGUGCAGCUGCUGCUGCUGCUGCAGGUCAGAUUCCUGGGACUACGACUAUGCCUGGAAUGUUUCCAAACAUGUUCCCUUUAGCAACUGGCCAGUUUGGAGCCCUUCCCGUUAUGCCAGUUCAGGCUAUGACUCAACAGGCUACAAGGCAUGCACGGCGGGUGUAUGUUGGAGGACUCCCCCCUACAGCAAAUGAGCAGUCCGUUGCAACAUUUUUUAGUCAAGUUAUGGCGGCAAUUGGAGGAAACACUGCUGGUCCAGGGGAUGCUGUUGUGAAUGUUUAUAUUAACCAUGAAAAGAAGUUUGCCUUUGUGGAGAUGAGAUCUGUUGAGGAGGCUAGUAAUGCAAUGGCCUUGGAUGGGAUUAUUUUUGAGGGAGCCCCCGUUAAGGUGAGGAGACCUAGUGAUUACAAUCCUUCUCUUGCUGCAACUCUUGGUCCGAGCCUACCCAAUCCCAAUUUGAACCUGGCUGCUGUUGGGCUAACACCAGGUUCUGCUGGUGGCCUUGAGGGUCCUGACCGUAUUUUUGUGGGUGGAUUACCAUAUUACUUCACAGAAGCACAGAUCAAGGAGUUGCUAGAGUCCUUUGGCCCACUUCGGGGUUUUGAUCUAGUGAAAGAUAGAGAAACAGGAAACUCAAAAGGUUAUGCUUUUUGUGUUUACCAAGAUCUUUCAGUUACGGACAUAGCUUGUGCAGCUCUGAAUGGAAUUAAAAUGGGUGAUAAGACUCUUACUGUUAGACGUGCUAACCAAGGUGCGAACCAGCCUAAACCUGAGCAAGAGAGUGUAUUGUUGCAUGCACAGCAGCAGAUUGCAUUGCAGAGAUUCAUGCUGUUGCAGCAACCUGGUGCAGCAACAUCCAAGGUCGUAUGUCUCACUCAAGUGGUUUCUGCAGAUGAGCUAAGAGAUGACGAGGAAUAUGAAGACAUAAUGGAAGACAUGAAACAGGAGGGCGAAAAAUUUGGUCCGUUGGUGAGAGUUGUUAUUCCACGACCUAGACCGGACGGUGAACCAAUGCCUGGAGUUGGGAAGGUGUUUCUGGAGUAUGUAGAAGUGGAAGGUGCUUCCAAAGCCCGUGCAGGGUUGAAUGGAAGAAAAUUUGGUGGAAACCAAGUGGUGGCUGUGUUUUAUCCGGAGAACAAAUUCGCUCAAGGGGAAUAUGAUGAUUAGUUGUUUGUCUAUCAUAUAGAUAGAACUCAAAAGACAAUUUUUCUUUUGGUUUUCUUUCCCUCUUUUCGAUCAGUAGAUUUGUGUCAUCUGUAACAUACUAUUGAACUGCAGGAAUUUGUAUUCUAGUUAAUGCAAGUAGCAAAGGCUUUUAGUUGGACAGUCGUUAUCUUUCUCACGUCACUACAUAACUUAAAAAUUAAUGUUCGACAAUAGUUCAUAGUGCUGGGGUUAUAGCAAAACUGUGCUCUGACCAAUUGGUG